AUGGCAUCUACAUUCGAAGAAAUUACCAAGUUUCUUCUCUCUCGUAAACCAUUACCACCUUUACUUGCUCCACCACCGCUCGAUACAUCGAAACGCGUAUCCAGUACACCAUGGAAUCAAGCAUUGCAUGAUGAUAUAGCCCGACUACAAAAUGAUUCAACAGUUCCCCUAUUUGCGAUUGCCAAUCUUCAUUUAUUCAAUGAUGAUAUCGGUUCAUGUCAUGAUAUUGUCGAAAAACAUGGUGGUCAUGCGAUUGCAGACUAUUUGCAUUAUAUACUUCAUCGACGAGAAGGCGAUUACUGGAAUGCAAAAUGGUGGAUUCGUCAACAGAAAAGUCAAGAAUUUCAGUCAGUUUAUCUGACACAGAAAUAUGAUGGAUUCAGUAAUCAAAAAAAUUUGAAUGAUUUAUCAACGAGUGCCAAACUAGCUGAAGCACAGACACGUGCUCAAGGAUUUGUAGAUCGUUGUGAACAAGUAGAAAAGCAAGCUGAUAGUCAAGAAAAAGAUCAUUUAAAACAAUUGCAAUGGGAUGAAAUGAAAACUGUUUUUGAUUUUGCCCGAAAGUAA